GUGCAGAAGGGAAGUAUGCUGAUGGAGGAAGUGACCAAGGACUCGGGAAGGAAAAUCACUGACAUCCCUGGGUGGACUGUGGCAGACUGAAUUCAGUGCUCUGAUUGCCAUGCAACCAGGCCAUUGCUCUUAAGCUCCUUCUUGCCCCGUUUCCCUUUUCCUUCUGAGGAGAUAUGAAGUCAGUAAGCGGUGGAAGGUUUCUUUCCCAACUAUGAUUCAGGAAGAAGCUUAGCCACGGAACAGGUGAGUACUACUGCCUUACAGAAGAACUUGUAGAGACAUGCCCCAGACAGAUCCACCCCGGAGUUUUCAAAGAAGGCAACUCCUUCAGCAUGUAUUGUAAGGCCUUUCAAGUUCAGGGAGAAGCCAUCUGCUUCCACAUUGACCACCUGACUCAAGGUACCCAGCAGGCCUAUACGAGAGGCUUCACUACAACAUGACCCACAGGGGUAACACAGGACCUGUCCACAGGCUGAAACUUGUGACUCUUCUGUUCGCCCUAAGUCCAGAACUUCUUUUCCUGGGAGCAGGAGUGAAGCUUCAAGACAAUGGGUACGAUGGAUUGCUUGUUGCGAUUAACCCUCAGGUACCCGAGAAUCUGAACCUGAUUACAAACAUUAAGGAGAUGAUAACUGAAGCUUCCUUUUACCUGUUCAAUGCUACCAAGAGAAGAGUGUUUUUCAGAAAUAUACAGAUUUUAAUACCUACCACUUGGACAGCUCAUAAUUAUAGCAAAGUAAAACAAGAAUCCUAUGAAAAGGCAAAUGUCAUAGUGACUGAGCAGAAUGGGGUACAUGGGGAUGAUCCAUAUACGCUACAACACAGAGGGUGUGGAAAAGAGGGGAAAUACAUCCAUUUCACCCCUAACUUCCUGCUAAAUGAUGAGUUAGCAGCAGGAUAUGGCUCAAGAGGAAGGGUGUUCGUCCAUGAAUGGGCCCAUCUCCGCUGGGGUGUGUUUGAUGAAUAUAACAACGACAAGCCAUUCUACAUGAAUGGGCGGAAUGAAAUUCAAGUCACAAGGUGUUCAUCUGACAUUACUGGAGUUUUUGUUUGUGAAAAGGGCCUUUGUCCCCAGGAAGGCUGUAUCAUUAGCAAGCUUGUCAGAGAAGGAUGCACAUUCCUCUACAACAGCACCCAGAAUGCAACUGGAUCAAUAAUGUUCAUGCCAAGUUUAUCUUCGGUGGUUGAAUUCUGUAACGCAAGCACCCACAACCAUGAAGCCCCAAACCUACAGAACCAAGUGUGCAGCCUCAGAAGUACCUGGGACGUAAUCACAGGCUCCUCUGACCUUAAUCACAGCCUCCCCAUGCGUGGGGUUGAGCUUCCUCCUCCUCCCACGUUUUCCCUCAUGCAAGCUGGGGACAAAGUCAUCUGCUUAGUGAUGGACGUGUCCAGGAAGAUGGCAGAGGCAAACAGACUCCUUCGACUGCAACAAGCAGCUGAAUUGUACUUAAUGCAGGUUGUUGAAACUCGUACUUUUGUGGGCAUUGUCACUUUUGAUAGCAAAGGAGAAAUCAGAGCCCAGCUGCAACAAAUUAACAGUGACGGUGACCGGAGGCUGCUGGUUUCCUGUCUGCCCACCACCGCGUCCACGGAAGAGGGAACGAACACCUGCGCGGGGGUUAAAAGGGGCUUCGAGGUCAUUGAGAAGAGGAACGGAAGAGCCGAUGGCUCUGUCAUGAUAUUGGUGACCAGUGGGGCAGAUGAACACAUACACAACUGCCUACCCACUGCCAUGAACAGCGGAUCCACCAUUCACUCCAUUGCCCUGGGUUCCUCUGCAGUCAGAAAACUGGAGGAGUUAUCACAUCUUACGGGAGGUUUAAAGUUCUUCAUUCCAGAUGAAUCCAAUCCCAACAGAAUGACUGAAGCUUUCAGUAGGGUCUCUUCUGGAACGGGGGACGUUUUCCAGCAAAGCUUACAGCUUGAAAGCGUGUGCGAAACUGUGCAAUCCCAGCACCAACUUUUAAACUCUGUGACGGUGGAUAGCGCUGUGGGCAAUGACACAAUUUUUGUAGUCAUGUGGCAGACCAGUGGUCCUCCUGAGAUUGUGUUAUUGGAUCCUAGUGGAAGAAAAUACAACACCAGUGACUUUGUCAUCAAUCUGGCCUUUCGGACAGCAAUCAUUCAGUUUCCAGGAACUGCAAAGCCUGGGCACUGGACUUAUAUACUGAACAACACACACCAUUCUCCUCAAGCCCUGAAAGUGACAGUGGCCUCCCGAGCCUCCAGCCUGGCCGUACCCCCAGCCACUGUGGAAGCCUUUGUGGAAAGAGACAGCACCUAUUUUCUUCAGCCGGUGAUAAUUUAUGCGAACGUGAGGAAGGGUCUGUAUCCUAUUCUUAAUGCCACCGUGGUGGCUACAGUCGAGCCAGAGGCUGGAGAUCCCACUGUGCUGCAACUUUUGGAUAAUGGAGCAGGUGCUGACGUUAUUAAAGGGGAUGGAAUUUACUCCAGGUUUUUUUUCUCCUUUGCCAUAAGUGGUAGAUAUAGCUUGACAGUGCAUGUCCAUCACUCUCCCAGCAUAAGCACCCUAGACCACUCUGUUCCAGGAAGCCAUGCUAUGUAUGUGCCAGGUUAUAUAGCAAACGAUAAUAUUCAAAUGAAUGCUCCAAAAAAAACUGGCCACAGAGGUGUGGAGGAGCAGUGGGGCUUCAGUAGAGUAAGUUCUGGGGGCUCCUUCUCAGUGCUGGGAGUUCCAGCUGGCCCCCAUCCUGACAUGUUUCCACCAUGCAAAAUUACUGACCUGGAAGCUGUAAAAGUGGAAGAGGAUGUGAUCCUCUCUUGGAGAGCACCUGGGGAAGACUUCGAUCAGGGCCAGGCUACAAGCUAUGAAAUAAGAAUGAGUAAAAGUCUACAGCGUAUUCGAGAUGACUUUAACAAUGCCAUUUUAGUGAACACCUCAGAACUAAAUCCUCAGCAAGCUGGCACAAGGGAGAUAUUUACAUUCUCACCAAAGCUUGUCACCAGUGAACUUGAACAUGAACCUGAUGGAGAAAUGCAAGAAAACCACGUAGUGUAUGUGGCCAUGAGAGCAGUGGAUCAAAACUCCCUGAAGUCAGCUGUGUCUAACAUCGCCCUGGUGUUGCUGUCUGUUUCCCAAAAUUCUGCUCCUGCACUUAGCAGAGAUGAUUUAAUACUGAAAGGAGUUUUAGUGGCAGUAGGUUUGAUAGCAAUGGUCUGCCUUACUAUCGUUGUAGCACACUGCACUUUAAACAGGAAAAAGAGAGCAUUAAAGAAAGAGAAUGGAACAAAAUUGCUAUGAACAAAUGUGCAUAGUACCUUCCUUCCUAGAUAUGAUGCCCAUGGCCUUUACAUUCAUAAAAAAUGCCAACAAAAUCAAAUUAGCAUCAACACUAUGUUGAAAUGCAUUUGGGCAUUUAUAUAAUCACGAUUCAGGUUUUUACAUAGCAGAUAGACACCACUUCCCCCAUCAAAAAGCCAGCUUUUAUAAUACUCAUUUGGGGGGAAUGGUUAGAAAACAGUAAUUUUAUAGUUAUGGAAAAAUAAUUUAAAAAAAAUAUUGUUCAAGGUAAUGUCUUGAAAGGCAAGGUAAGGGCAAAAUCAAAUCUGAGUCAAGAAAAGCAUGUUUUAUUGAAGUUGAGGGAAAAAAAAUAUCCCAGGCACAGAAAAGGAGGUUGGGUCUGAAUUGGGCAGUGUAAUUGACUGUAUGAAGCAACUGUGUUACUUUGAUUAAUUUCUCAUCUCUGCUUAUCAGUGCAGAGCAGGAUGCGUGUUUAUAACUGACAACCAAGCUGCUAUAGAGCUGGGGUCUCCGCUGCAGGCUCUUCAUGUCUUCUCCUUUGGUUAAGUUUGCUAUGGCUCUCUUUCCACCACCAAUGCUUAGACAGGCCCCUUCUUACUGUGAGCAGAGACCUUAGAGUAUGGCCAUUGUCCUUACCCCUUGGUACUGAUCUGUGACAGAGGUCGCCAGAGUUUAUUUUUUGUAAGAUUUUAGUCCCAUUGAAGCAGCUUUGAAGUUAUUGCCUUGGAAAUACUUGAAUAAAAAUGGU